UCUAGUUCUCGGGAGCUGGCAGCGAUGUCGAAGAAGAAGGCGAUGCCCCGCUCCACCAUGUCCCUCAAGGUCUUCCACGGGGGCUCCAUUCCAUCGGAUCUGCAACUCCCGUCGGCGCCUGGCAUGACGGUGGAUCGGAGCGCGUACGAGCGGCCGAGCUCCGCGAAUGUAUGGUCGUCCGCCAGCAAUCCAAUGAGCAAGGGUUAUGGCAACCAUCGGCAGGCGCUCCUGCCCAAUGGGGAGACGAGGCCCUCCUCCGCCGCCGCCGCCCCUUCCUCCUCGUAUUUCCCCAAUACCGCCACAAUGGGCAGGAACUACGACGAGGACGAGCGGAGGCCCGUCGACUUUCGGCCCCGCACCAGCCCCGGCGGCCACCACGACUACAGAUCUCGGGAGUAUGACAACGGUGGUGGAGUCUACUUCAAGGGCCGCUUGUCUCGCUCUCCGGACCAUCUGCGCUACUCGGCCUAUCCCCCCGGUGGUGGUGAACGCUUCGGCCCUCCUCUGCAGCCUUCUAUGGCCGGCUCACCGGAGCGGCCACCCGUGAAUGCCUGGGCCGCGCGCCGGGGUGAGCGCCUGGAGCCGGAUGCGUCUGCCACCUCUCCCUGGCGCGUCCGAAACAGCAUGGCCAGGAUCGCCGAGGCAAGUGCCAUCGACAAGGUCUCCUCUGGAAGGUGGCAGCCAGCAGCUACGCCCAGGAAGGAGCCGCUUUACGAAGUCGAUGCUCGCAAGGUGGACAUCUCCCACGCGAUAGAGCAGCAGGAAGUGGAGGAUGGCAGAAGGGUGGAUAGUUAUCAUCACGCCUCUUGGAAGCAGCAGCCAGCUGAGGCUACUCCCGAAGGAGGCUACCGCAGCCGUUUUAACGAUGCCGGCGAUGCGUCGGAAAGAGCAAGGUUUGAGUACGACCACUUUGAGCGAGGCGAUUCUUUCCGGGGAGUGAAUGAACAGAGCUACCACAGCUUUCAGGAGGACAGGGUCGCUGGUCACGGGAGUACUUCUGCUUAUGAUUGUUUAGAGGUUCAUUAUACUCAGGGUGAUGAUGGACGACACAGCACAGGUGCACAAGCAAGCCAAAAGCAACAGCAUCUCUCUGACUCCAGACACGGUCCUGGAGCCCGUCAACAUCCUGCCAACGUCUUUGAGCGUCAGUCCACUGAUAGCAACGUUGUAAAUCACGAAAGACCGCAAAGGCAACGAUCGUUUGAUUCGGAAAGGAACAGAACCUCGGCUACUGCAGUCAACCACGAGUUCAAUCAUCAAUCCUCUGCCCAUGUGUCUACCAUGGUUGGCAGCACGUAUUCUGAUUCCACGAAGACUGGAGCUGCUUUGCUGCGGUCCACUUCUGGAGAACGGCCCAAGCUAAAGCUCCUUCCUAGAUCCAAGCCAAUGGAAGAUCGUCAUGAUUUUUUUGAAGACGAGGAUACCUUCUUGUCCGAGGCGGAUCGCGCUGGGCGUCAGCAGCACGCAAGUGAGAGGGAGACCCAUGAUUCGAGACCAGUCGUUACACCCAGUGCCCCAACAGAACACGAGACUUACCGAACUUCGGAGAGGCCUACGCUGAGCUUGAAGCCCCGAACUCAGGCUCCUGACAAAGCCGCUUCGGACAAGGAGAGGCAAAGCUUGUUCGGUGGUGCGCGCCCCAGAGAGAUGGUGCUUCGACAGCGUGGAGCAGACGACAUUCCAGUCGAAGCCGCUGCAAGUGAUGUUGCUGAGCUCAUUCGGAAGGAAAGGUGGCAGCCGGAGGCACGAGAGUUCGAAAUUCGGCAGCAGCAGGGUAGGACCAAUAACGAAGGUGGCAAGGUAGUCAACCGGAGGGAAGAGGAUCCAAUACGGAGUGAAGCAGACCGGUACGAGAUUCGGCGUGAUUUGAGUCGGCAGGAUCGCAGGGAUCACCAGGAUGUCAAGAGAGAUAUUGACAAGCAGGAAAGUUGGAGGCGACGUGCGGAACCCACUCCCGCACUCUCUGCGCUUGCAGAGAUGCCGUCGCGCGUUGCUGGGAAGUCGUCGCUUGGAUCGUCAGCGCUGCAGCUCGCGCAAGCCUUUUCGCGGUCAACCAUCUCCGCCGCUGGUUCUCGACUGACGGAUACUCCAUCUCCCAGAUAUGGCAGAGCUUCUUCGGGACAGCAGCAGCGCAAGCACAGUGCCGCGACUGCAUGGUAGUAAGGCACGCCAAGUGAGACGGGACUAACGCAUCAGGCGUGCUUGGCUGUAGCUAUCUACAGAAACACAAGAAGAAACAUAUAUCCUCUUUUGCU